AUGCAUGGAAACAAGACACUGAUCACAGAGCUUAUCCUUCUGGGAUUUGAGGAGCUCCACGACCUUCAGAUCUUUCUAUUCCUGGUGUUUCUGGUGAUCUACAUUUUGACCAUAGUGGCCAACUUCCUCACCUUUCUCUUGAUAGUGACUGAUCAGCAUCUACAUACCCCCAUGUAUUUCUUUCUGGGGAAUUUAUCCUGCCUGGAGAUGCUGUACAGCUCAACCAUCCUACCCAGGUUACUGUCUGGUCUUUUGACCGGGAAAAAAGUCAUAUCUUUCAAACAAUGCCUCACACAACUAUAUUUCUUUGGCUGCCUGAUUGGUACAGAAUGUUAUCUCCUCUGUGUAAUGUCUUACGAUCGUUUCUUAGCUAUAUGCAAACCCUUUCAUUAUGCAACUCUUAUGAAUGAAAAGCUUUGUAUCCAGUUAGCAGCUGGCUCCUGGAUCAAUGGGAUUGUGUUUACCUCUAUGUAUCUGGCCUUUGUGUUACAGCUUUGGUACUGUGGUCCCUAUGAAAUUGAUCAUUUCUUUUGUGAUUCUCUAUCACUCAUUGAAAUAUCAUGCAAUAAUACCAGUUUCGUGAAACAGCUCAGUGUAAUCCUGUCUUUCAUGUUUACUUUUCCACCAUUUCUUUUGACUGUAUUGUCCUACGUAUAUAUUAUUGCUGCCAUCUUGAAAAUUCCAUCCACUGCUGGAAGGCAAAAGGCCUUUUCCACGUGCUCUUCUCACCUGAUUGUUGUCUCUCUUUUCUAUGGUUCCUUAAUCAUUGUGUACAUAAUACCAAAAACUGAAACUGUGAGAGACGUUAACAAAAUAUUUUCUCUUUUGUACACAGUCUUGCCCCCCAUACUCAACCCUUUGGUAUAUAGUUUGAGAAACAUGGAUGUCAGGGAAGCUCUGAGAAAGGCUGUUGGGAAGAUUCUGGAAGGGCAAUUUGUGAAUCAGACAUUAAAAGUAUGA